AUGCUUCCCAGAGCGGCUUUCGUGGCUCUCUUCUGGGCUAGUGUCCAGGUGGCUGGACAUAGCGACAGCGGUUCCAGCUCGAGCUCGAGUCGCAAUGUCGCCUCCAACUUGGAAGAGUACUGUUUUUACUCAAUCUAUACCAGUUUGUCCGCAUAUACCUUUGAAGGCAGUGUAACAGUCCAGUCUGCCACGAGUGGCUCCCACUCUCACGGGGGUUCCUCGUCUUCCUCGCAUGGUUCAUCCGAUUCUUCCUCUACUGAAGCUUCGGAGACUUCUUCGCAUGAAUCAUCGGAUUCAUCCACUGAAACAUCUGAGACUCACUCUCAUGGAUCAUCUGAAUCCUCCUCUGCUGAAUCCUCCGAGGCUUCUUCUGUUGCAUACACACACGGGUCAUCCGAUUCUUCCUCCGCUGAAUCAUCUGAUUCUACCUCUGGGACUCACUCUCAUGGAUCUUCUGAAUCUUCCUCUGCUGAAUCCUCCGAGACUUCUUCUGUUGCACACACGCACGGAUCAUCCGAUGCUUCCACUGAAUCAUCUGAUUCUACCUCCGGGACACACAGCCACGGGUCAUCGCGACGAAGCGUGAGCCUCGGAAGGCGCGCUCAUGGUGGCGGUUCAUAUGGCUCAUACUCCACUGGACCCUGCAACAGCACCGUGGAAGUUACUUCCAUGUAUGCUAGCGCUAAGGCCUGGUGUUCUGAGAAAGAAUUCAAAGCGGUUAUCCCAUACUGGCAAAGCCUUUGCGCGAAGAACAGCAUGGAGCUUAUGAGUCUGGCUUCAAUCGAACCAUUGUUGACGGAUGAGUACAUCAACUCACUUCCUCAGAUAGACCCAGAGCAAAACAAUGUGACCACAACUGGGACCAUUGACUCGCCUGUGCUUCUGACCAAAAAGUAUUAUAACAGGGCCCAUAAGUCUUAUGUGAGCCAUGAUUAUGCUAUGCCAAAACACAAGCGAUAUGGAUGGGGACUUAUUGGAUACUGGGGAGCUGUACUAGUCCUGGGCAUGAUGUCCAAGGCAUGGACAGUCUUCUUCAGCAGGCGGAGUGUGCGUGGUUCUUGUGAUCCGGAGACUCGUCCCAGUUUGCAGACUAAGAAGGGUCCUCUUACGUCUCUAUUCCAUUCAUUGCGCACGCACAUCAUUAUGCCAGCCACAUUCGCCCCAGCUAUCCCCAAUCACCAGCAACUCUGGCUGUCGCACGCUCUUCCCAAGAGAGUCGAUACUUUGAUCGUGCUUGGCUUUUGGAUUGUUUCUAUCAUUUUGAGCUGCGUAGGUUACGACAGUUUCGCGGGCAGUCUUUCAGUACCAAGCCUUUACCAACAAAAUUGGCAAUAUACCUCUGACCGCACUGGAGUUCUUGCAUACGCCUGUCUGCCGGCUUUGUGGCUUUUCAGUGGCAGAAACAAUGUGUUCAUCCAAAUGACACAUUUCAGCGUUCAGUCAUUCACAAUGUUCCACCGUCACAUCGCAUGGGUUUGCACUAUCUUGGCCGUGGUGCACUCCAUCAAUUACAGCGUCCUCUUCGCAGAAUAUGUUGGUCGCUAUUGGAUUGCUUGGAAGGAAGAGUACUGGUAUAUGGGUGUGGUGGCUACUAUUCUCCUGUGUUUCAUGCUUGUACAGUCUAUGACAUUCUUCCAACGCCGUUGGUAUGAGACUUUCCUCAUGCUUCACAUUGUCUUCGCUGUUGUCAUAGUCGUUGCCCUCUUCCAACACACCAGCUUCGAUGGUCGUGAAUGGGUUGGAUACCUUUGGACGCCAGUUGGACUUUGGGUCCUUGAGCGACUUGCCCGUGUUGGCCGUGUGGUAUACUGCAAUCUGAACGCCCGAUUCGGAAAGCAAUUCUUGGGAACUGCUACGACUGUUACAUACAGUGAGGCAAGCGACUUGGUCAAGAUCGAAAUGGUUCCUGGGGCCGCAAGUUUGAAACCCAGACCAGGUCAGCUUUACUAUAUUUACCAGGCAACCUUGCUCAAGGGCUGGGAGAACCACCCCUUUUCAUUGGGUGCAUGGGCUCCUUCUUCCGGGGCCAACAAUGAAAAGUCCGCUUCAGCCUCCCAAAAUGGGAACAAGCUUAUCUUCUACGUCCGGCCCUACGAUGGAUGGACACGCCGUCUUCGUGAUCAAUGCCGCAAGGCAGGCGGAACCUUCUACCCCAAGCUCCUUCUUGAGGGAGCUUACGGUCAUUCCGAGCCGGUGUACGCCUACAACACGCUUUUGAUCAUUGUCGGCGGAACGGGUAUUGCAGUAGCAGUGCCCUACCUCCUAGAUCACAUUGCGCGCGUCAAGGAAGGCAAGACGAAGACUACCAAAAUCGAGCUCGUGUGGUCCGUCCGACAAAAGGAAAUGUUUAACGAAGUUUUCAAUGAGGAGCUGGCGGAGAUCAUGCAACAUAAUGACAUUACAAUCACCGUCUUCUGCACUCGUCUUUCUAAGAUCACGAGUGAUUCUGAGUCCGACGAUGUGAACAUCUCCAAGGAGGUUUCUUCUGGUGUUGCACCGGUGAUCAAGGCAACAGGCGCGGAUUCUCCCACUAGCAACAGCAGCCUACGGUUCAUGCCUGGUCGUCCUAACAUCCGCGAGACAGUCAUGUCUGAGGUGCGGGAGGCCCAGACCAGCUCAACCAACUUGGCUGUUUUGACUUGCGGCCCGGCUCAAAUGGCCGAUGAAUGUCGCGGAACCGUGUACGAGGUCAUGAAGAAUGGUUUUCAGGAUAUCGAGUACUUCGAGGAGGCAUUCGGAUGGUAG